AAAAACGCUCCCCAGCCUGAGAGCCAUUUUCCAUUCCGUGGUCGUGGAGUGUACCAGUCCAGAAGGCCGGUCAGGUUUUCGCAGUCAAACGAGGCGCCGCCCACCGUAGGAGAAGGAGAAUCUCGGAGCGUGGAGGAGAUGGAGGGCAAGUACGCCGAGCUGCGACGCGCGGCGGAGGAGACGCCGGCGGUGGACGCGCACGCGCACAACCUCGUCGCCGCGGGCUCCUCCUUCCCCUUCCUCCGCUGCUUCUCCGAGGCCCAAGGCGACGCGCUCGCCUUCGCCCCCCACUCCCUCUCCUUCAAGAGGAGCUUGAAGGACAUUGCUGCGUUGUACAACUGUGAAGCCUCACUUGAGAAGGUGGAGGAGUUCAGACGGGCCGAAGGGUUGUCAUCGAUCAGUUCAAAAUGCUUCCAAGCUGCCAAUAUAUCUGCAAUCCUCAUGGAUGAUGGCAUAGUAUUUGACAAAAUGCUUGAACUGGAGUCCCACAAGGAUUUUGUUCCCACGGUUGGCAGAGUUCUGAGAAUCGAAUGGCUGGCUGAAACGAUUAUUAAUGACGAUUCAUUCAGUGGAUCAACCUGGACAUUGGACUCGUUCACUGAAACUUUUGUGUCCAAGCUCAAAUCAGUUGCCAACAAAAUUGUUGGGUUGAAAAGCAUAGCUGCAUACAGAAGUGGCUUAGAGAUCGAUCCAUGUGUUAGCAAGACAGAUGCGGAGGAUGGUCUUCGUAAGGAGCUGACAGGUCAAAGACCUCUUCGGAUUACAAAUAAGAGCCUGAUUGACUAUCUAUUUACGUGUAGUCUUGAAAUUGCGGUGCUGUUUCACUUACCAAUGCAGAUUCACACAGGCUUUGGAGAUAAAGACCUAGACUUGAGAAAGUGCAACCCUCUGCAUCUGCGUGCUGUUCUUGACGACGAAAGAUUUGCUAAGUGCCAACUAGUUCUUUUACAUGCUUCUUAUCCAUUUUCGAAGGAAGCCUCCUAUCUUGCAUCUGUUUACUCCCAGGUCUAUCUUGAUUUUGGCUUGGCAAUUCCAAAACUUAGCGUUCAAGGAAUGACAUCAUCACUUAAAGAGCUUCUGGAGCUAGCUCCCAUAAAGAAGGUCAUGUUCAGUACAGAUGGAUAUGCUUUUCCGGAGACAUAUUAUCUAGGUGCGAGAAGGGCACGCGAUGUUGUUUACCAUGUCCUAUCAGCAGCAUGUGAAGAUGGUGAUCUUAGCAUUCAGGAAGCUAUUGAAGCAGUUGAUGACAUCUUUAGAAGAAAUGCAUUGGAUCUUUACAAGAUGAAUGUUGCCAAUGGAACAAUCCAUCAGAAAACUACCAUAUCUAACAGUAGGAUAUCAUCAUCUUCCGUUGAGAAAGAUGUGCUCUUCGUUCGAAUUGUCUGGAAUGAUGCUUCAGGUCAACAUAGAUGCCGUGUCGUGCCAGCAGGAAGAUUUUACGAGAUUGCAAGGAACAAGGGUGUUGGUCUGACUUUUGCAUCAAUGGGAAUGACUUCCUUUUGUGAUGGCCCAGCUGAUGGGACGAACCUGACUGGUGUAGGCGAGAUCAGGCUUGUGCCAGAUAUGUCAACACUUUUGAGGCUCCCAUGGUCAAGACGCGAGCAAAUGGUGAUGGCUGACAUGCAAAUAAGGCCUGGAGAACCCUGGGAAUAUUGUCCUAGAAAUGUCUUGAGAAAAGUCACGAAAGUUCUGCUAGAUGAAUUCAAUGUGACAAUGAAGGCAGGUUUUGAGAAUGAGUUUUAUCUCCGCAAAAAAUUAGUAAGUGAGGGACACGAGCAAUGGGUUCCAUAUGAUAAUAGCAGUUACUGCUCAACUUCAUCAUUUGAUGGUGCCUCUUCUAUACUACAAGAAGUAUAUUCUUCUCUUAAGGCGGCAGACAUUGUGGUUGAGCAGCUGCAUGCUGAAGCUGGGAAAGGGCAGUUUGAGGUAGCCUUGAAGUAUGUGCUGUGCACUCUUGCUGCUGACAAUCUGAUAUAUGCUCGUGAGAUUAUUAAAUCAGUUGCUCGAAAGCACGGAUUGAUAGCAACGUUUCUUCCAAAACCUGACAUGAAUGAUAUCGGAUCUGGUUCUCAUGUGCAUCUUAGUUUAUGGAAGAAUGAUCAAAAUGUUUUUAUGGGAUCAAAUGAAUACAAUUUCUAUGGAAUGUCUAAUGUUGGAGAACAAUUCCUUGCUGGAGUAUAUCAUCAUCUUUCAUCAAUCUUGGCGUUUACCGCUCCUCACCCUAACAGCUACGAUCGAAUCCAGCCAAAUACAUGGAGUGGAGCUUAUCUAUGCUGGGGGAAAGAAAACCGGGAGGCUCCACUGAGAACCGCAUGCCCACCUGGUGUGCCUCUCGAUUUGGUCAGCAAUUUCGAAAUUAAAUCAUUUGAUGGGUGCGCAAAUCCACACUUGGGUCUUGCUGCUAUUGUUGCUGCUGGGAUUGAUGGGCUCAGGAGAGGCCUUAAGUUGCCUGAACCAAUUGAAUCAAAUCCUGCAGAUUAUGCUUCGAAGCUCAAAAGGCUGCCACAGGACCUGCUGGAAUCUGUAGAAUCACUUGCUACAGACAAAACUUUACAUGAACUUAUUGGUGAUAAACUUAUUACGGCUGUUAUAGCUGUGCGAAAGGCUGAGAUUGAUCACUACUCGAAGAACCCAGGGGCAUUCAGCGAUCUCAUUCACCGCUACUAAGCUGAGUUAACUUUGUUUCAAGAUCACUUUUGGUGUCGCUGAAGGGUUACGUCAACAAACAAUGUUGUUGCCCUUCAAAUUGCUUAUUCUCAUGACUGAACUUGUAGUUCUCAGUAUUUUGCAGUUCAUAAUAAAGGGAUUUUAAAAUUAAAUA